GGAAAAAUUCACGCAUAUAUAUAACACCAAACCCACCCGCUAACAAAACAAUUUUGGCGCUCACAUUUUACAACCUCUCAACUUCCUUCUCUCCCUAACAGAAAAUGAAUCGCCAACCGCAACCACCACCACCUUCCACCGCACGCGCGCGUUGCGCCGGUUGCCGGACCUACUUCUCCGCCGCGCAAGGUGUGGCGGAGUUACCUUGUCCGAACUGUCAAAUGCCGCAUGUGUUCUUCGUUGACUCUUCCGCAGUGAAAAUCCGGUGUUCUUCGUGUAAGGCGGUUGUGAAUGCUCCAAGUAAUCUUUCGAAGUUUCCGUGUCCGCAAUGUCAUGUGAGGAUUGAUGUUCAUGCUGAUGUUGAAGAAGUUAACGAGCUGGUUAAUGAAGUGGAGCAAGAAGAAGGCGAUGGAGGUAUCGCUGGAGAAACAUUUACAGAUUAUCGACCAUCCAAGCUAUCUAUUGGAUCUCCACACCCAGAUCCGAUUGUGGAGACAUCUUCCUUGUCUGCAGUGCAGCCACCCGAGCCUACUUAUGAUCCAAAGAUUAAGAAUGAUUUGGAACGUUCAAAGGCUUUGUCAUGCUUGCAGAUCGAGACAUUGGUUUAUGCUUGUCAGAGACACCUUCAACAUGUUCCCAGUGGUCCUAGGGCAGGAUUCUUUAUUGGAGAUGGAGCUGGUGUAGGUAAAGGUCGAACAGUCGCUGGGCUAAUCUGGGAGAACUGGCACCAUGGAAGGAGAAAAACCCUGUGGAUUUCUGUUGGCUCAGACUUGAAGUUUGAUGCCAGGAGAGAUUUGGAUGAUAUGGGUGCAAGUUGCAUUUCAGUGCAUGCUUUGAAUAAACUGCCUUAUACUAAGCUUGAUACAAAGUCUGUUGGAGUUAGGGAGGGAGUUAUUUUCUCGACAUACAGUAGCCUCAUAGCAUCAUCUGACAGAGGUCGUACCCGUAUGCAACAGCUUGUGCAGUGGUGUGGACCCAAGUUUGAUGGUCUUAUAAUAUUUGAUGAGUGUCAUAAAGCAAAAAAUUUGGUUCCCGAAAAGGAUAAGAAGCCAACGAAAACUGGUCAAGCAGUACUUGAUAUACAGGCUCAACUACCUGAAGCUCGGGUUGUUUAUUGCUCAGCUACUGGUGCAUCUGAACCUCGCAAUAUGGCUUAUAUGGUUCGUCUUGGCCUUUGGGGAGCUGGGACUUUUUUCCCUGAUUUUGGUGAAUUUCUAGUUUGCCCCCGCUGACCAAGGGUUCUAGACACGCUACUGGUUGGGAGGAUGAAGGGUGUGUUUUGGCUUCUAGUUGUAUCAGUGGUGAUUGCAUCAUGGAUUCCUCUUUCACACUGCGCCAAAAAACCGGUUGGGAUCGCUAGAAAGGAGGAUGUACCGUACAUAAAGUGUCAAGUUUGUGAGAUACUUGCAAAACAGUUGUAUCAGCAAGUUCAGAGCAAGAAAGCUGAGAUUUCCCCCAAGAAGAUCUCAGAGUACCAAAUCAUUGAGAUAGCAGAGAAUGUUUGUAAUCUGAAAAAGGUUGAAGCAGAUUGGAUAUUGCGUAUAGAUAUUGUAGAAAAAGCAGAUAGGUUGGAGCUGGAAGAACAUGAUUCUGAAGGACAGUGCAAUUCUGAAUGAUAGACAGUUGAGCGUGCUUGUCAGGAGGUUUUGGGAUAUUCUGAUACCGAUGUUGCUGAAUAUCUAUAUAGUUCCAAGCCUGAUAUUGACUCAUUAACCAAUUAUCUGUGCAAAGACCUUAGCAAAGCAUGCAAUACCAAGCCACCCCCUGUCCCUAAGGACAGGACUCCUGGUGA